CCAGGAUCGAACCCGAAAGACACGGUGUUGGUUGCCAUCACGUCUUCAUGCACACGUCGACUCGCGGUUUUCGGCUACUCCCUUGCGUUAGUGCUACUCUACAAGGCUCACUUGAAACACCGAGUUACGUGUCCCGGGGAAAAGUACGCCAAAGAAGUUAAAUUCAGCUACACCAUCACGGAUCCCAUGCCUGCCUACAUUUCUGGAGCUGAGUCAUCAGCCGCAGUCUUUGAUGUAGAUGUGAGGAAUGGAAUUUCACCGGAUUCCCCGCGUUUGAAAGGGGAAAUCAUCAUCGGAACCCCGUUGACUCUCGUGCUGAAAAUGAAAGCUGUUCACGCGUAUUUUCUGGACCUCAAGGUUCUCAGCUGUUGGGCCACAUUCGGGGAACCAACAGAGAGCUUCAAGGCGAAGAGAAAAAACUGGGACUUUAGCAAGAUGAGCCCUUAUCCGUUAGAGUUGGUGCAAAAUGGCUGCUCUGUCAGGCCAAAUGUCUUUGGGAAUUUUCACAAGGUUCCUUCCAAGCCGAGCGACAGAGAACUCACUUACUAUGCCUUGUUGAGGGCUUUCAGAUUUGUGGACUCUGACACUGUGGUGACCAAAUGCAAAGUUGUGCUUUGCUAUGGGCAUUGCCCCGGGAACCACAAGCCUUGUGAAAAGACAAUGGUGGAGCACAACUAUCUCAGAGGACCUUCUGACGCACCGGAGCAAAAACCAACAGGGACUGAGGAAGUGUUGGUUCUGAAAGAAUCCCACAAAACGCGCUCUGAAAGGGACAAACUGCAGGUCCCACACUCAGCAGCAGUUGCAUUCAACCCCCACAAUGAAGCGGCGCCAAACUUGCCGCUUCUCAUCCCUGGCCACCCAGGUGGCGCUGCUGAAGAGAGACCAAAAAGAGGGACUGCAAUCUUGGAAGCAGGGCUAAUUAACAUUGUGGAUCGUGGAAAGUUGGGCAAGGCAGAUGGGUAUUACGCUUCCAACGAACUUGGCACAACGUUGCUGCAGUCCGGAGACGCAAUUUUCUGGGCCAAAUGUUACCCCCGGGAUACGGUGGCAGUAACUUUGAAUGACCCAACCGGGUUCACAGGCGCAGUCACCAUACACUCACCACAAAGCUUCCGUUUCCCGGGUUCCCUGGGUUGCGGGGCCACGAAGCAGACAUUCCUCAACGCCUUCGACGGGUUGGUGCUCUGGAAAGCUGACUGUGGACACAGAGCGCAGUCACCAUACACUCACCACAAAGCUUCCGUUUCCCGGGUUCCCUGGGUUGCGGGGCCACGAAGCAGACAUUCCUCAACGCCUUCGACGGGUUGGUGCUCUGGAAAGCUGACUGUGGACACAGGCCAAGCUCAAAAAGUGAGCAAUGCCAAUGGCCAAGACAUCACCGACGCCAUUCUCGACUGUCGCAAAACGUCGAGGUAUAUUGUGAUGCUUGCGAAGCUCAGUUUGCAGACACGUGUCCUCCAACACGGGUUCUUGCAACAAUCCGAAAAGCCGUUGAUCCAAGCAAUAAACCUCGUCCGGGUACAGACUUUCCAAUGCACUGAUCCCACGCACCACUGCACUCAACUCGUCCAUUUUCCGCAACCGACGUCGCAACUGCACCCUGAUGGACUCUUCAAACUUGAACGCACCUCCGCCUGUUGCCGAAAUGACCUCAGGGCCUACGCUGGUUCCAGAAUUACUCUGACUCCUUUUGGCGAAAGAUCCCAACAUCGAUUCGAACUCCGCCGUCUGAAAUCUAAAGAAUAUAACUUU